AGCGUUGCCCCCCACAUGCAGCAGGAUUUUUCAUUCCCAAGGAGUGUCUGGAUGGAGGAGGAGGAAAAGCCCCGGAGAUCCCACCCGAGGAGGGGCUGCAAACCCAGGGCAGGGAGCUGCGAGGAGGAAAGAUCCCCCCUGUGCCAGGAGGGUGGCCGGAGAUGCAGGCGGAGCUCAGAGCUGGGGGAGAAGCCUGAUGGAGGGGAGAAGCCCCACAAGUGCCUGGAAUGUGGGAAGGGUUUCAGAUACAGCUGCCUCCUGAUCCAGCACCAGGUGAUCCACAGUGGGGAACGGCCCUACGAGUGUGGGGAGUGUGGGAAGAGCUUCAGCCACAGCUCCGGCCUGGUCCUGCACAAGAGGAUCCACACUGGGGAGAAGCCCUACGAGUGUGGGGAGUGUGGGAUGAGCUUCCGGUACAGGUCCAGCCUGAUUCAACACAAGAGGAUCCACACUGGGGAACGGCCUUAUGAGUGUGGGCAGUGUGGGAAGAGCUUCAGGCAGAGCUCUUUACUGGUGCAGCACCAGGUGAUCCACACCAGAGAGGGGCCCUACACCUGUUUGGAAUGUGGGAAGAGCUUUGCAUGGAGCUCCGGCCUGAGAAAACACCAGCGCUCCCACACUGGGGAGAGGCCCUACGAGUGUCCUGAGUGUGGGAAGAGGUUUAAGACCAGCUCCCAUCUCCUCGUACAUCAGCGGAGUCACACAGAGGAGAGGCCCUUCCGCUGCCCUGACUGCGGGCAGGGCUUCAAGCACAACUCCACCCUCAUCAUGCACCGACGCUCCCACACCGGGGAGAGGCCCUACAAGUGUCCCCAGUGUGGAAAGAGGUUUCAGACCAGCUCUGUUCUCCUGGUACAUCAGCAAAUUCACACGGACGAGAGGCCCUUCCGCUGCCCUGACUGCGGGAAGGGCUUCAAGUUUAACUCCAACCUCACUGUCCACCGGCGUAUCCACACCGGGGAGAGGCCCUACGAGUGUCCCCAGUGUGAGAAGAGCUUCUCACAGAGCUCAGCCUUGAUCCGACACCAACGGAGUCACCACUAAGGGAAGCCCUGUGAGUGCCCCGAGAGCGGGAAGAGCUCCGUGCGCUGCUCCAGCUCCAUCCCCCAUGGGAGGAUCGGCGUUGGAUGAUCCCCAGUGACCCCCGUUGGGCAGAGCCCUGGUGAUCCGUGGUUCUGGUGAUCCCUGUUGGGAAGACACCUGGCUGGGAUGCUCCACAUCUUCCUGUCUCCCCGUGGGCACCUGGAUGAAUGCAGGGGCAGGAACAUCCAUGGGGACACAGACUGACACUGGGAAUUCCUUGGGGAGAGUGGAUUUGUUGACUUUCAACCCCAGAAAAUCUUUAGGGUUCAAUGCUAUCUCCUGGUGGUAUCAAGAAAUACUGGAUGGUCUUGUGUUGUUAUGGUUUUCGGACGGCACAGAAAUAACAACAUGACUCUCCAUGAUGGUAAAGAUGAGAGCAAACUUUAUUCUUCUAAAUUCUACUUUUAUAGAGUAGUUCGGUAUAAAGAACAUGAUUGGUUAUUCAGCGUCUACACUCUUUUGUAAAUAUUUCUUUUUAGUAAACAUGUUGGAAAAACACCACUUGCGGAUGGUUUCUCACUUCCCAAGGUUU